GUGGGUCAAAUAACUUUAGCUUCCGAGAAACAGCGUCUGUAGAAACACCUUCGAUUCAAUUACAGCGAAUUGUUUUGUAUCGUUUGGUUCCGCUAUCUGUGCAAAACGCGAUAACAAAUCAGAAAUAGGGUACGGUGGAGAAUGGCAACUCAAGACAAUAGCAUGUCCGACUCAAGUUUUCCGUCGCAGGAAUUACUGGUUAGCGUGGAGGCAGUCGCCAUGAAUGGUGUUGUGGCCUGCAUACAAAGUGUUGUGAAAGAGAUUCGAGAGAUUCCGGAAUUUCAGCCCCAAACGCUGUCGUUAGCCAGUCGGAAGAACGGGAGCGCGACUGGGACCAAGGAUGAUAGGACGAGAAGCAUACGCGUGUACACUCGUUUACGUGAUGCCGGCAUCGUGAAGCGCGUCGACGAAAUCAAGCAACAGCUUGAUGAGAUCCUCACCAAUCAGCCAGAAAGAGGGUGUGACGUUUUUGAAAACGCAGCAAAUAAUGUUGGAAUCGACGACGAGCGAUCGCUGCUUUUGCACAUGAUACUCAUCCCUUUGAUAGGAGACCUCGGACGAUGCUACGCUGUUUUGGACCAAGCGCCACCCCCUUCGACUGCCCCGCAAACAUCAGCUUUGCUCAAUCGGUCUAAACGAUCUCCAUCCGUACAAAGCCCGCCGCCACCGAUUGGUAUGCUUUCUGUUCAACACUACACAGACGUCGCCGCAUGUUUGGAACUGCUCAUUUGCAGCAGUAUUUUACCAAAAUUGGAACCACACGUACUGUGGAAAGCGGCUGAGCGUGCGCACUAUACCCUGCCGAAGUCUAUAGCUGGACGUGUACCACUCCCAGCGCUAACGUGGGCGUCACUGCAAACACAAAAACACCAUGACUAUUGGGAGGCAAACGCUGCCUAUGAGUUGGUGUGUACGGCAAGUGCGCUGGGUUCCGUUCUCUUGUUGGAUCGGUUUCGACCAAUGCUGUUGCCGCGACACGUGGCAGAUAUUUAUGCUGCUCUGCUGCAAGGGGAGGCGUUGCUGGCUCGGGUACCGUUGAUGGAGGAGUGCAGACCUACUGUGACAAGACUGCAAAUUUUAUCGAGGCGCGUCGGCUUGGAUGCAGCCUCGGUGUCUUCAUGCGUGGUGGAUUCUCAUUCGCAAGCCCGUGCCUUGCAAAAGCUUUUGCUGCAGGGAACGCGUGCCCCGAGCUGGCUGCGCUUGCGGGUAGGAAAGUUGCUGAACGAUUUGGCUUGCCGAGACUUGCCUUCAAUCGUUGAUGUUUUCGUACAGGCCGCUCCCAAGGAGCGGACAGCCGCCAGUACACGGCUUGCGCAGGUACUCGUUCCAAAAACGAUUCAGCCGAAAACGUACUACCAGGCAAUCCUGAAGCAGAUGUUUGUAUUGCUGGAUCGGGUUGGCGUGACGACAGAAAGCAAGGUGGUAUCGAUAGAGUCACUGCAACUAGGCGGUCUGAGUCGGCAAGAUAGCUGCUCCCUUGAUCUAGUCCGCGCGGUCCUUGAUCGGCUACCUUUUUGUUUCCUCGAGGAGCAAUUUUUGCCAGAGUUGGUGAAGUUAUUCACGGGACAACAGGAGCGAGGUGUACACGUGGCCGUCCGGAGACUGGGUGUCCUGACUUGUCAAUUUUCACCUUCUUUCGAUCCUUCGCGAAUAUCUCAUUUGAUGCUUUACCGAAUCGACGGGUGCGAGAAGGACUUAUCAAUUGGGACUCCUCUCAAUUUGCUUGGCCUGCUGACAAGAGUCGCUGUGAUGCCGUCAGUAUUGCAUCUCGCAGUAAAGGACGAUUCCCUCUGGACACUCCGUGCUACCUUACACGCAAUAUCUCGCUCAGCGUUUGGAACCGACGGUGAUUCAAUUGACAGUGUCGAUGUCUCCGCAGUCGCAGUACUGUACGCCCUUGCUCCUUCCAGUUCUGAUAUGGAAGGAUAUGCAUUUCGUAGUGUUUCCGGAGAAGGCGAAGCCAAUGUUUAUGAUUCAGUCUCCUACAGGAAAUGUGCUGGUUCAAAUAUAGAUGACAAGUACACGCUGGAACAAGCUGUCGGAGAUAUUGAAAAACGAGCAGUGUUUGUGGUAGAGAAGCUGCUGUUGCCUCUGUGCUCACCCAAGGAAGACCUAACAAGCCUAACUCAAGAAAUGUUGCCGUCACGAAUGUUUCAACUGACUCUGACCCUUUACUUCAAGACGUUCGAAUCAACCCAGGAAGCCGAGAAGACAGCCAGUCUUUGCAACGUUCUUUUUCGCCAAGACCUCUUUCGACUUGUCUCGCUAGUCUUGCUUCCUCUUUUGUGUGAUCAGUGUCCUCCUGCAACUUUGUUGCUCUCCGCUUCGGCAAGCCAGGGUGUGUUCGACUUGAUGAAGCUCGUGUUUAGGCUUGCUGACGAAAUUGGGAAUGAUCAAAUAGCGAGCCACAGUUCCCCAAAACAUAACUCAUUGAAGAGUGCCGAGAUGGAUGACGCUGUCCUGCAAUUUUUGCCAUGUGCCAGCUUCUUCUGCAAAGUCUUACAUCUUAAACCGCCAAUAAUAAUCACCUAUGAGAGGGCAUUUGGCUCGAGCAAUGACGAAGUGCUUCUUUCUGUGACAUCGGUCCUUUUAAGUCUUCUGGUUGGGGUUCUUGAGCUCGGAGCUGAAAAACGCUCAUCAUCUGACGAGAGUGUCUUGCGCUCUCUGGUUCCUUUGCUGAAAAGUUUAGCUUCUGAAAAGAGAACGUCGGCAGCAACGUCUUCGGCUUAUUCAGAGAUAUCAGAAGUAGCAAGUCACGCUAUGGCAUUGAUUGCUUGCAGAAGGGAGGGACGACAAAAGCCAUCCAGCUCUACUCCAAUAUCAUUCGCGGCAAAAAUUAUUGAAAUCCAAGAGGAGAUUACCUCCUUUGAGCCACCGAUCCGAGCGCGUGGCGUCGUCUUGUUACGGCAUUUGGCCGCAAGUUUGUUGAGAGACGAUAUUCUUGGUAGCCAGAGAAACUCAAAAGUCAUUUCGUCUGAUGAUGAAAGUGAGGAUAAGUUGGAACGAAUUCUAGUAAUCUUGUUCUUUGCAUUGAAAGAUCAGGAGUCCUACGUUUUCCUGGCGGCUAUUCAAACUCUGGUUGCGAUAGCCGAUGAGCGACCAACGCAUUUUCUUCCGUUACUAUGUAGAGGAGUCUCACUAGGAGCUGUGCAAUUGGCUCGAGAGGAAGUGCUUCUUUCUUCGGAGCAGAGAAUCAAAGUUGCUGAAGCUUUGCUUUUCGUUAUCCGACGGAGAGCAGGAAUAUACGAACAUUUGUCAAGCCUGCUUGGUAUGCUUGCGUUAGGGUCAGUCGAAAAGUUAUCUCAUGACUUAGACACCCCGUCGCAAGCAUUGCAGAUUGCUGAAGAGACUCAUGCCUACUUCCUGAAUAUAGAAUCGAGACAUGCAAAAGAAGAGGAGUUAUCUGCUUACGAUGCCCCGGACGACGUGGAUGUUCGACUGAGAACGGGAGGACCCCUUUUUGCCUCAGAGGAGGCAGACGCUGUUAUUGCAUCCAUCAUGAACGUUGUCACUGAGGCUGUGGUAAUAGCGCAUCCCUCGCUAAGUGCACAUUUCUGCUCUGUUCUAAUUUCUUGUGCAGUCGAAAAGCUACGCUUAGGAAGCGCUCGUCCUCUUCGACGUGCCGGGGCCCUUCUAGCUAGAGAGUUGUACGGUUCUCUAAUUCGUGAGCAAGACGAAUUUCUGAAUUCCAUUACAAAUGAUAAGGAAAGUUGCUGUCCAAUGUCCGUGGCAAUGGUAUCGGCCGGAGAGGAAAGUCUCUAUGCAACACUGGUUCGCUGCGUCAAUUAUUACGAUCUCAAGGAUUCGCAGCUGAGCAGAACAUAUGACCCGACGACGGCGAUUAGGUGCCAAGAAGCUUUACAAUUGAGGGAACAAGGAGAGGCGGGGGGGAUCCUUCCGGCCGGCCGUCUUGUGGCAGCCUCAAAAAGUGAAGACGAGAAAAACCCGAUUGUACGUCUAUUUGCUCAGGAAAACCGAGACAGUCUGAUCGAGAAAAUUGGGCUCCCACGUGUUUCUGUAUCACAACUGUAGACGUAAUCAUUUUGAAUAGAGCACUAGCUGAUCGAAC